AUGACGGUCCCACGAACUGACCCUUAUGCUUUUUAUGGUGUAAGUGUAAUUGUUGGUUCAACUCUUUGUCUCGGAUCUGUCGAGUCAAUCAUGUCUACCGUUGACGACUCCGUCAUGUCUACCGUUGGCGACGACAUGUCUAGCUAUGUCCUUCGCCGCUCAUCCCUUCCAGGUUCAUGGACUCCGACAGUCUCUACGACCUGCAUCAGUAACACUGCAAUGAGUUUGGGUGGAGUUCAUGGACUACGGCAGUCUCUAUGA